AUGUCCGAGCUGAUCCUCAACGUGAGCGUGGAGGCGCCGGAGCCCGCGGGCGGCGGCGGCAGCGGCGGCGGCAACCGGAAGCACCGGAGCUUCGUGCGGCGGCGCCGCUUCCUGGAGGCCAAGGGCGUCCUGCGGCAGAAGCAGCUGCCGGCGGUGGCCGCGCUCGACUGCGAGAUGGUGGGCACGGGCCCCGGCGGGCGCACGAGCGCCCUGGCGCGCUGCAGCAUCGUGGCCUACGACGGCGCCGUCCUCUACGACCGCUACGUGCGGCCGCCCGAGCCCGUCGUGGACUACCGCACGCGCUGGAGCGGCGUCCGCCCGCGGCACCUGCAGGGCGCCGUGCCCUUCGCCGCCGCGCGGCGCCAGAUCCUCAAGAUCCUCGCGGGGAAGGUGGUGGUCGGCCACGCCAUCAGCAACGACUUCAAGGCGCUGCGGUACUUCCACCCGCCGGCGCUGACCCGCGACACGUCCCGCAUGCCGCUGCUCAACCGUAAGGGCGGCUUCCCCGAGAACGUCGCCGUGUCCCUGAAGCGCCUCGUCAAGCAGCUGCUCAACAGGGACAUCCAGGUCGGCAAGAGYGGCCACUCCUCGGUGGAGGACGCCAGGGCCACCAUGGAGCUCUACAAGGUGGUGGAGGCCGAGUGGGAGCAGCAGCUGGCGCGCGAGCCGCAGUGA